UAAAAUAAAUGGAGAGGAUGGUGGGGGCGCGCGAAGUUCCCCGCUAUAGACGUGAAAUCAGUUACAAGAUUACCUUUAACAACUUUCUCUCGCUCUCUCUUCCAUUUUCGUGUAACUCAAUCUCAAACAAAUCUCUCUUUUUCUUCAUUUCGCUUUUAUCAUCUCCUCCAAUUCACUGAAUCAGUUUUCUAGUUCUGCUGCGAAUUGCUUCGACAAUCUUCAAAUGUCGGUACCCACGGAGGCUACUGAUCCAAAGAGUGGAGAAGAUCCCCAGCCCACCACUACUCAAAACUGGACAAUCAAUGUUACUGAUAUAAGAACAGUUAAAGUCAGUAAUAUCUCAUUAGCUGCAUUGGAGAGUGACAUCAAGGAAUUCUUUUCCUUUUCUGGUGAUAUUCAAUAUGUUGAAAUGCAAAGGGAAACUGAAGACACACAGCUUGCAUAUGUUACCUUCAAGGAUUCACAGGGAGCAGAUACAGCAAUGCUUUUGUCGGAUGCCACCAUAGCUGAUCUUGCGGUGACCAUCACACCUGUUGAAAAUUACCAGCUGCCUCCUGAUGCACCUCCGCUAAACCCGGAGGCUAACCCAACUGCCCCUGCUUUAGCUGUUAAAAAGGCUGAGGAUGUGGUGAGCACGAUGCUUGCCAAGGGAUUCGUCUUGGGAAAGGAUGCCCUCAACAAGGCAAAAUCUUUUGAUGAGCAGAUCCAAUUAACAUCGAAUGCCACUGCUACAGUUGCUUCCAUUGAUCGUAAGAUAGGGCUGAGUGAGAAGUUAAGCAUGGGGACAUCUGUGGUAAAUGAAAAGGUGAAAGAAAUGGAUGAGCGGUUCCAAGUGUCGGAGAAGACAAAAACUGCCUUUUCUGUUGCUGAGCAGAAGGCUAGUAGUGCAGGGUCUGCCAUCAUGAGCAACCAAUAUGUAUCUGCAGGAGCGUCCUGGGUUUCAGGUGCACUGAAUGCAGUUGCAAAGGCAGCUGAGGCUGUGAACAUGAUGACCAAGGAGAAGGUGGAAAAGGCCGAGGAGGAAAGAAAGGAGAUUCUUCACAAGGAGAGGGCAGCAAUGGUUAACGACUUUGCACAGAUACAUCUUGACGAGACUUCAGUUGGAGAGCCUCCCGUGGUUGCACCUAAAUCAGCCGAAGACAGCAAGCUUGAAAAUAUAUGAUUGCUGCCAUCCCUCCCCCCGACCCCCUAUACAUUUGGUUUCUGUAAACUUGGUUCUUUCUCAAUUUGUUCCACAAUUUGUUGUGGAAAUUAUUGGGUUGUAUAUGCUUUAUAUCCCAGGGCUGUAAUUUAUGUAAAUUGCUUACCAUUAGGAGUCAUUGUACUUAUGAUUUCCAGGAUUUCCAUUUGGCGUUGUCUAUGUUUUACGGAACUCAUUAUCAGUAUUUAUAGAAAAUAUCCUAUAUGUUUUAUAUGCUACCAUUGAAGUGGCUUCUAGA